GCUAUGGUAACGGAACGGCGUUCCAACUGAAUAGGUUAAAAGUUAGCAAAACAAAAAAGAAAUGCUAAAAAGCAACCCAGUUUUAGCUUCAGUCGGUAAGGGAACAAUUAUGGGACAAGUAUUUGGCUUGAACAAGUACAAGAGGGUAAAGAAGACGAAGAAAGUGGACUUUAUGGAGGAGUACGUUAGGCAGCAGUUUCGUGGACAUGACCCCCCUGAAAAUAAUUACGGCACACUAGUAGAACUUAACAUGAGAUCAAUUCGACAGAAAGGUGAGGUUGAUGAUAAGAUUUUAGGUAAAGAAUCUCGGAGUUCCAGUGCGGUGUACUUUUUAAAGGACUUCCUUAUAAAACAUGACCUGGACUUUCAUGUGGAGCCGAUUGUGGGUCCGUGCACUGAAAGGGAGAUUGAAAGAAUAAAAGCCCGCAAAGUUAAACUGGAAAUGGGGGAACGAAAGGAACCUAUAACAGAAAAGCAGGUCGAACAGAAAGCUUUGGAAAAACCACCAUCUGUUAAAAGUGAAACUUGUACUCUCCAAAAGCUCCUGUUAGAUGUGCAAGCAUCACUUGACGCAGAUGAGAAAGCCUGGGUGGAUUUUGAACAGCAAAUGUACAGGACAAUGGAAGAAAUGAACAUGGAGCUAAAACAGAAUUUUGAUCUGCUGAAAAGGAUUAAUCAGGCCUUUGAAUCCACAGACGACACUAAAAAUCAAACUUCUGGCAGGAAAACACCUCAGGAGACUGAACAACCAGAACCCCCAACCCGAAAGCUCUCUGUGACACCUCACAGGGUAAAAAUGUACUGCUUGUCACCCUCUUUAUUGCAACUUACUCGAAGAAUGGAUGAAGUGGACUGGGUGCGAAAAGAGGCUGCCAUGAGGUUUAGAAGGCGGAAUGAGUUCAUUGAUACAACAGAUGAAUUCCUGGGGAUAGAAGAAAAAUGUUUCUAUUCCAGAGAACAUGAGGAACGUAAAGCUCUUCAAGAAAGGCUUGAGUUGGAAAGAGAGGCAGUAGAACGAGCAAAGAUACAGAGAUUAGCUCACAGACAAUCAACUCCGGAUAUUAUGGUACCAGAGGGGUUGAGGAAAUCACAGUCUUUUGAGAACAUUGCAGCAAAAGUCGGAGGGGGCCUGAAGAAAGAUGGCGAAUGAUUCGAAAAAAAGCCUUGACAGAACCAGAGACACAUGCAAGGACAAUACUAUCAGAUAGGGAGCCUUAAAAGGGCUGUAGUGUUGGAGGAGCUUGGAGACCACAGGGCUGCAGGAGUGAAGGAGCUAGGAGUCUGUGGGG